UCCCAACUUUGAUUAAGUGCCAAUUUGGAUAAACAAGGUAGUUUAUAAACCGAAUAUUAUCAUGCAAACCUUGUCAAGACUGGUUCUACAAUCGGGGUCGGGCAUUAACCAUUACAGGUUCCAUUUUUCUCGCUCUCUCUCCUAAUUCCGAAUCUCUCUCUUUCAGAAUCAAAAUCUCGCAGUCAAUGAGCUCUCUGCUGGGUGACUGGCCGUCUUUUGACCCUCACAACUUUACCCAACUUAGACCGACUGAUCCUUCUAAUCCUUCUAAAAUGACUCCUGCUACUUAUCAUCCAACUCAUAGCCGGACUCUUCCACCACCCGAUCAAGUGAUAACUACUGAAGCCAAAAAUAUCCUUCUGAGAAACUUCUAUGAGCGAGCUGAAGAGAAGUUGAGAACAAAAAGAGCUGCCUCUGAAAAUCUAAUACCGGAGCAUGGAUGCAAGCAGCCUAGGGCUUCUACCUCAUGCUAAAUUUUGUUACUGUUGGAUGUCAAUCAUGCUGGUUGUCAAUGUAAAUACAAGUCCUGUCAUGUGAUGCCAAAUUUGUCAUUUCGUCCAGUGAAAAGGACUUCCUUGCCUGUUGCUGCUCUGAACUUAGGAUCGGUACAUGUAGAUUUGUGUGCACAAAUCUUACAUCAAAAAGAGUGAGAUGAUUGGUUAUGCUUUACCUGUUCCAUUUUGUUCGAUAUGGGUGGAAAACAUGGCAGUUGCUAUGCCUCUUUUUUUGUACGGCAAAUGCUUGUUUAAAGCUAGUUUCAGCUUUAUUUUUCA